AUGGCUCCAGCUCGAUUUGUUGCAGGGAUGUUGCUGGCGGCGAUAGACCGUGUGCUCUCUGUGGCCGCGGACAACCCGACCAAGCCAUCGCCGCAACCGUUCGUCUGGCAGAAGGCGCAUGCAACAUUUUACGGCAGCGCUGACGCCUCCGACACAAUGGGUGGCGCGUGCGGGUACGGCAACCUCUUCUCUAAAGGGUACGGGAUGACGGUGACUGUCACUGCCACAAACUUCUGCCCGCCAAAUGACGCCCUCCGCAAUGACAACAGAGGCUGGUGCAACCCGCCACGGCCACACUUCGACAUGGCCCAGCCGGCCUGGGAGAAGAUCAGUGUUUAUAGAGGUGGCAUCAUCCCCGUCAUGUACCAGAGGAAAGAAUUCAGCUAA